CUAAAGUCCGUUCUGCAAGAAAACUUCUAAACGUGGCUCUACAAUGGCAACUACUUCUUUUCUUCCACUCCUCUGUUUUCUCCUUCUCCGCCCUCUCCCAUCUCUCUCCGCCACCUCCCCCUACCUGUCCCCCACCACCUUUUUCAAGAAUUAUGAAAAGAUGCUCUCAACUUUCAAGGUUUUCAUUUACGCCCCGCAAAAACCGUUCGAAUUUACAACCCCGCCCUCUUCUUCCUUCCACGACGCACUCCUUCACAGCCCAUUUCUGACCACCGACGCUGAAGAAGCUCACCUCUUCUUCGUACCCUUUGCUCAUGACACCUCCACCCGCGCUCUGGCGCGUCUAGUUCGAGAACUCAGGGGAGCUUUUCCCUACUGGAACCGGACACUCGGAGCCGACCAUUUCUUCAUCCACCCCACCGGAAUUGACUUCUCAGCCGAUCGGAAUGUUCUCGAGCUGAAGAAGAAUUCCGUGCAAAUCUCCAUUUUCCCGACAAUCUCCGGCCGCUUUAUACCCCACAAGGACCUCACGCUCCCGCCGGUGAUCAAUCACGCGCUCGCCGGAGCGCCGGGGAACAUAACGGCGCCGUUUCUCGGGUAUAUGAAGUGGGAUGGAAAGACGGAGCAGGGCAUGGUGAAAGAGUUGAAACUGGAUGACGAGUUCUUGAUCGAAUGUCAGCCGUUGGAUCAUCUGGGGAAUAUCAAGAACAGUAAAUUCUGCAUCUUUUUUUACAGCGGUGACGUGUCAUGGCUUGGGGAGGCGAUGGCUUGGGGCUGCGUGCCCGUGGUGGUUGUGGACCGUCCGAUCCAGGACUUGCCGUUGAUGGACGUGUUGAAUUGGUCGGAGAUGAUGGUUUUGGUGGGGUCCUCUGGCGGGGCCACCGGACUGAAGGAACUGCUACGUGGCGUAGUAGAGGAAGAUUACGGGAGAAUGAGCAGAUUGUGUGCAGCGGCGGCACAGCAUCUGGGGUGGAACGCGGAAUUGCAGCCGUACGAUGCAUUCCACAUGGUUAUGUAUCAGCUGUGGUUGAGACGACACGCCGUUAGAUAUGCGAGGAGAGAACGAGAGAGCUUGGAACAUUUUUUAGUUAAAUAAUUACCGUGAAAAAGGAUAUUGCUUAUCAUUAUCUGAAGGAUAUAUCUGUUAAUACUCCGUAAUAAAGAGAAGCUUAUUUAUCUGGGAUCAAUAAUUAUAACUCUAUUUUCU